AUGUAUCUAGAUGCAGAGGCCUUGGCUGAGGCUCCCUUUCGUAAGCAAGAGAACUCUUCUGAAUCCACUAAUUCACAACAGCAACCCGUGCCAUCUCUCUCCUCAAAUGUACAUGACACUCGUCCGGCUUCUUCCAUUCCAAAUCCCUCAACAAAUGAGCCAAACGGGGUACCAUCGAAUUCCGUUUCCAGUUCUCAUAAAACUUAUCGGGAUCAUGGCAAUGAUGGUCGCUUGACCCCUCCUCCUGUUUCUAUGGGUUAUCGCUACAACGAAAGCAAAUCUCGUCCGGCUCACUACCUGGAUGAUCGUGAACGACCACACCGUUCUACUCAUAGCUCUUUAAGCCCAGUUUCCAAAAGAGGCCGUUCCCACUCACGAUCCUCCUCCCCAGGAACUUCUCGUCGCUAUCGGUCUCCUGAAGGCGUACGUGGCAACAGCCCUCGAUCACGUAGGCGGUACUCUCGCAGCGACCGUUCUUAUCGUCGACACGAGGAAAGCUCUCGAAGCCCUCCUCGCUAUUCUAGCAGACGCAAUCGAUAUCGGGAAGAGCGUCAUCCUCAUCGACGGGACGACGAGGAUGACUAUGAGCGUCGAAGCCGACGUCGCGAUCGUAGUAGAGGCAGAACUCGAGCUCAUGAUCCCUCUCCCAUCAAUGAAGACGACCUUGAUAGACGUACCGUGUUUGUUUCUCAAUUAGCAAAUAGAUUAACUACUAGGGAGUUAUACGAAUUUUUUGAACAUGCUGGUCCUGUUCGUGAUGCUCAAAUCGUCCGAGACAAAGUUAGCGGCCGCUCCAAAGGAGUUGCGUAUGUAGAAUUUCGAGACGAAGAUUCUGUUCAACAUGCACUUUCUCUUUCAGGAAAACGUCUUUUAGGUAUUCCUGUCAUUGUUCAGCUCACGGAAGCCGAGAAAAACCGUAAAGCUCGUGAAGCAGCAGAAACGACUCGGGCAGCCAAUGCGGAAAUCCCUUUUCACAGAUUAUGUAUUGCUAAUAUUCACUUUAACCUUAGUGAUGAAGACGUACAAGCCAUUUUCGAGCCGUUCGGCGAGAUUGAACUUGUUCGUUUGCACCGAGACGACCAAAAUAGAAGCAAAGGCUUUGGCUAUAUACAAUACCGAGAUCCAAAGUGUGCUCGAAAUGCACUUGAGAAAAUGAACGGAUUUGAUUUAGCUGGUAGAAGCAUGCGGGUUUGUUUAGGAAAUGACAAGUUUACUACGGAAACGACUAGUUCCAUGCUGAGACGAUUUGAUGACAUGAUGAAUCGGACUGAACACUCACAUUCUCGUCAAGGACGGGUGCGCCAUACUCCCGUUUCUACAUCUAGAGCUUUGUCUCCAGGAGCAGAACCUUUGUCUCCUAGUGAGGAGGAAGGCCGUACAAUUUCACGGGACGAGCUUAUGAAAAGACUUGCACGAACUGAUGAUACUACUCCUGUUCCAACGACGGAUGUGCAGCCUGAUCCAAGUCGAUAUCGGUCUGUUAUCUUAAAAAAUAUGUUUGAUCCUAAAGAAGAAACGUCUGCUACUUGGGUGGAGGAACUUGAACAAGACGUUCGUGAAGAAUGUGAAAAUAAAUAUGGAAGAGUAAUGCAUAUCACCGUAAUACCAACUGAAGCCGGUGAAAUUUUUGUCAAGUUUAAGACAUCUGGAGAAUGUGAAAAAGCCGUUCUUGGUCUUCAUCAGCGAUGGUUUGGUGGCCGCAAAAUUAUAGCUUCUAAAAUUUCUGAGGCUGAUUAUAAUGUCAGGUUUCCUGAUGCUAAGCAUGUUUAG